ACUUGUUUCCCAUACAAUAUUUUUCACCCAUCACCAAAGCUUAGAUAUGUCGAUGAAAGGAGUCCAUUUUGUUGCAAUUGUUGCUCUCUUGUCUCUGGUAUCCUCCCUUGUCUCUGCCUACGAUCCCAGCCCUCUUCAGGACAUUUGUGUAGCAGUUGAUGACCCCAAGUCUGCUGUGUUUGUUAAUGGAAAAUUCUGCAAGGAUUUGGAACAAGCCAAGGCCGAAGAUUUCUUCUUUCGAGGGCUCCAAAAUCCUGGAAAUACAGACAAUCGAGUUGGGUCGAAUGUUACUGCUGUGAAUGUGCAACAAAUACCAGGCCUCAACACUCUAGGCAUAUCUUUGGCUCGCAUUGACUUUGCACCAUAUGGCGAAAAUCCUCCCCACACUCACCCUCGUGGCACUGAGAUUCUGGUAGUCUUUGAAGGUUCUCUGUUAGUCGGAUUUGUCACAUCCAACACUGAGAACCGUCUUUUCACCAAGGUUUUAAACAAGGGAGAUGUCUUUGUGUUCCCAAUUGGUCUCAUUCACUUCCAGUUCAACAUGGGACACACCAAUGCUGUAGCCUUUGCUGCUUUGAGUAGCCAAAAUCCAGGUGUCAUCACAAUAGCAGACGCUGUUUUUGGAUCUGAUCCUCCCAUCAAUCCUGAUGUUCUCGCCAAAGCCUUCCAACUUGACAAGAAAAUUAUUGAAGAUCUUCAGAAAAAGUUUGAAUAUAAGAAUUAGAGAAACUUAUGAAAAUGUUAUGAACCGUUUUCCUCAUUCCAUCAAAACAAUAUUAAAAUAAAAGGUUGCUUAUGUAACUCUCCCUAGGUGGAGUACUUGGAGUAUAAAAUAAUAUUUAGAUUUGUUGAGCA